UCCAACCAUUGGCCCCUUGGAGAGGAAGAUAAGAGGGGCGAUAACUUGACCUCUGAAGGGAGAGCGUUCCAUAGGGCAGGAGACCCUCUGCCUGCUUCCUUGGACCAUGUGACUUCGCUUCUCCCAGGUCCAAGGCUGCUGAAGGUUUAAGGACGCAGAUCUUUCUCCUCCAGAACUAUCUCCAGAGCAUGUCUGACAUGUAAUUAGCAGAGCAGGAAAAAAAUGCCCAGAAGCAGCAAAAAAAAUAAUUUAGCUGAGAAUUUUACUGUUGUUGUUUGGUCAUGUCCGACUCUUCGACAAAUAAGCAUAACAGGAUCCAAAAAAUAGCAAAAAUGUAACCUUGGGACUGGAUAAGAAGCCUGGCUCACUCCAGUUUAACCAGCUUCAUCUGGUUCCUAAAUAAAAGGAAGGUUCUGCAUAACCUGAUAACAAUUUAUCCCACCACCUGCUCUCAUCAGAAAGGAAACUGCAAUAUCAGGUUGUUGUUGUUUAGUCGUUUAGUCGUGUCCGACUCUUCGUGACCCCAUGGACCAGAGCAUGCCAGGCACUCCUGUCUUGCACUGCCUCCCGCAGUUUGGUCAAACUCAUGUUUGUAGCUUCGAGAACACUGUCCAACCAUCUCGUCCUCUGUCGUCCCCUUCUCCUAGUGCCCUCAAUCUUUCCCAACAUCAGGAAAGUCUUCUCUUCUCAUGAGGUGGCCAAAGUCUUGGAGCCUCAGCUUCAUGAUCUGUCCUCAGGGCUGAUUUCCUUCAGAAUGGAUAGGAUUGAUCUUCUUGCAGUCCAUGGGACUCUCAAGAGUCUCCUCCAGCACCAUAAUUCAAAAGCAUCAAUUCUUUGGUGAUCAGCCUUCUUUAUGGUCCAGCUCUCACUUCCAUACAUCACUAACUGGGGAAACCAUAGCUUUAACUAUACAGACCUUUGACGGCAAGGUGAUGUCUCUGCUUUUUAAGAUGCUGUCUAGGUUUGUCAUUGCUUUUCUCCCAAGAAGCAGGCGUCUUUUAAUUUUGUGACUGCUGUCACCAUCUGCAGUGAUCAAGGAGCCCAAGAAAGUAAAAUCUCUCACUGCCUCCAUUUCUUCCCCUUCUAUUUGCCAGGAGGUGAUGGGACCAGUGGCCAUGAUCUUGGUUUUUUUGAUGUUGAGCUUCAGACCAUAUUUUGCGCUCUCCUCUUUCACCCUCAUUAAAAGGUUCUGCCAUCAAGGUUGUGUCAUCUGCAUAUCUGAGGUUGUUGAUAUUUCUCCCGGCAAUCUUAAUUCCGGCUUGGGAUUCAUGUUCCAAAUAGAGAAAACACCUGCUUUGAAUCACACAGAGUAAAAACCAGAACCUUCCUGAACCAAUAGACUAGGAAUGAUCUCUAUAUUUUUAGAUCAGGCACCCCCAAACUUGGCCCCUCCAGAUGUUUUGGACUACAAUUCCCAUCACCCCUGACCACUGGUCCUCUUAGCUAGGGAUCAUGGGAGAUGUAGGCCAAAACAUCUGGAGGGCCGCAGUUUGGGGAUGCCUGUAUUAGAUCAAUACUUUUCUUGCCUGAAAAAUGCAACCAUGACACUUUAAAGGUCAGCACAAACAGUUUGAAUAGGGCUUGGAAAUGCACUGGGAGCCAGGGAAGAUCCUUUAGGACCAGUGUUGUGUGGUCUCGGCGGCUGCUCCCAGUCUAGGGUGUGUCUAGGUCCACAUCCUGAAUUAGUUUCAGUUUCUGGGUCACCUUCAAAGGUAGCCCCACGUAGAGCACGUGGCAAUAGUCCAAGCAGGAGAUAACAAGAGCAUGCACCACUCUAGUGAGACAGUCCACAGCAGGGGUAGGCAACUUAAGGCCCGUGGGCUGGAUGCGGCCCAAUCACCUUCUCAAUCCAGUGCACAGACAGUCCAGGAAUCAGUGUGUUUUAACAUGAGUAGAAUGUGUUCUUUUAUUUAAAAUGCAUCUCUGGGUUAUUGUGGGGCAUAGGAAUUUGUUCAUACCCCCCCCCAAAAAAAAUAGUCCGGCCCACCACAUGAGGGACGGUGGACUGGCCCAUGACUGAAAAAGGUUGCUGACCCCUGGACAGGCUGGUAGGGUCUCAGCUGGAAUACCAGAUGGAGCUGGCAGACAGCUGCCCUGGACACAGAAAUGACCAGUGCCUCCAUGGGCAGCUGUGAGUCCAAAAUGACCCCAAGGCUGCGCACCUGGUCCUUCAGGGGCAUAGUUACCCCAUUCAGGACCAGGGAGUCCUCCACACCUGCCCACCUCUUUCCCCCACAAACAGAACUUCUGUCUUGUCAGGAUUCAACCUCAAUCUAUUAGCCGCCAUCCAUCCUCCAAACACCUACAGGCACAGGGCAUUCAGCGCCUUUGCUGGUUCCAAUUCAAAAGAGAGGAAGAGCUGGGUAUCACCCACAUACUGGUGAACACCCAGCCCAAACCCCCUGAUGAUCUCGCCCAGCGGCUUCAUAUAGAUAUUAAAAAGCAGGGGGGAGAGGACGGAGCCCUGAGGCACCCCACAAGGGAGCACCCAGAGGUCUGAACACUCAUCCCCCAACACCACUUUCUGGACAUGUCCCAGGAGGAAGGAGGGGAACCACUGCAUAACAAGGCCCCCAGCUCCCAACUCCCCUAGAGGGUCCAGAAGGAUACUAUGGCCAAAUGUCUCCAAAAAUGCUGAGAGAUCCAGCAGAACCAGGAAAGCGUUUUCCCCUCUGUCUCUAGCCUAUUGGAGAUCAUACAUCAGCACAACCAGGGCAGUUUCAGUCCCAUGAUGAGGCCUGAAUCCCAAAAGCUCCAGGCACAAUACUUUCAUUAGCUUUGAAGGGGCCAUUGGAUACUUGGUGGUCUUUUCUUCAAAAGACAAAUAUUUCAAAUAUAUUUACAGUGAUGUAUGAUGUAAAUCUAGGGACCCAGGUGGCGCUGUGGUUAAACCACUGAGCCUAGGGCUUGCUGAUCAGAAGGUCGGCGGUUCGAAUCCCUGUGACGGUGUGAGCUCCCGUUGCUUGGUCCCAGCUCCUGCCAACCUAGUAGUUCGAAAGCACGUCAAAAUGCAAGUAGAUAAAUAGGAACCGCUACAGCGGGAAGGUAAACGGCGUUUCCAUGUGCUGCUCUGGUCUGCCAGAAGCGGCUUUGUCAUGCUGGCCACAUGACCUGGAAGCUGUACGCCGGCUCCCUCGGCCAAUAAUGCGAGAUGAGCACGCAACCCCAGAGUCAGUCACGACUGGACCUAAUGGUCAGGGGUCCCUUUACCUUUACCUUUAUGAUGUAAAUAGCGCUUCUGUUUCCCUUAUUCCACAUUGGAGAGACUUUGAUCCACAGAUCUGAGCUCAUCUCUCUGCCUGAAACUGCUGUGUUAGCAGCAAUGGAAACCUGGGCAGAGUGUUUGGGGUCCUGGGCUGCCUAGAGAACAAAACCCCCUUCUCAGCCUGGCUGAUAUGGUGCCAAGGAAAGCAGAGCAGUAGGUUUGGCACCAGAUUAGCUGAGGAGUUGAAUGAAGAAGGUGUGUAGGGCACAUCCAACCCUCUUAGAGACUCCGCCCUGGAUUUGUGUAGCUUUUCCUCCAUAGCCUUUUCUUCUCCUGAACAUAACCCACGAGGCAGCAGAGGUUUCGGACGAGAGUUUUCCUUCUCAACGUGCCCCAUCUGCCCUUCACUUUCUUCUGCAGAAUCUGCCUUCUUGACUGUGGGAGUCACUGUUGUUCUCAUCCUCUCCAUCCACCAGGGCCUGCCUUCACCUGCAGCAGAAUUCCUCAACCCACCAAGGAUUUGAGACCCAUCAGCUAACCUCACCUGGUUUAGCCGCCCGGUUGAAUCCAUUCCUGUGAUUGCGGCCCCUGUUGCAUGCUGACAGCUUCUGGAAGCCACAGGAUUUCCUUUCCUCCAACUCUGAGGAAGGUGAUGGAGAAGACAGUCAGAAUUCCGGGAGACAGGACACCUUUUGUUUCACUAGGAAUAGUCACUAAAAUGUGUGAAAUGUGGAAUAUGCUUCACUGAAUGAGAACACAUCGUUCAUAUCAAGGAACUCAAACAGAGGAGAAACCAUUUAAAGAUAUGCAGAGUGGAAAAGGUUUCACUGAUAGUGGAAAACUUAGAACUCACAUGCACAAUAAACGAUUUAAAUGCAUGGAGUGUGGGAAGAGCUUCAGUCAGAGUGGACACCUCAAUAUACAUCAACGGACUCAUACAGGGGAGAAACCAUUUAAAUCCUUGGAAUACGGAAAGAGCUUCAGUUUCAAUGCAAGUCUUGGAAGACAUCAACAGACUCACACAGGAGAGAAGCCGUUUAAAUAUAUGGAGUGUGGAAAGAGCUUCAGUAAAAGUGUUCACUUCAAUAAACAUCACCAGACUCACACAGGUGAAAAACCAUAUGAAUGUAUGGAGUGUGGGAAAAACUUCAGUCAGAGUGCACACCUCAAUAGUCAUCUCCGAACUCACACAGGGGAGAAACCAUUUAAAUGCUUGGAGUGUGGGAAGAGGUUCAGUCAGAGUGGACACCUCAAUAUACAUCAUCGGACUCACACAGGAGAAAAACCAUAUAAAUGUAUGGAGUGUGGAAAGAGCUUCAUUCAGAGUGGACACCUCAAUAUACAUCAACGGACUCACACAGGAGAAAAACCAUUUAAAUGCAUGGAAUGCGGAAAGACCUUCAGUUUCAAUGCAAACCUUAGAAUACAUAAACGGACUCACACAGGGGAGAAACCAUUUAAAUGCCUGGAGUGUGGAAAAAGCUUCAGUUACAAUACAAGCCUUAAAAUACACCAGCGAACUCACACAGGCGAAAAACCAUAUAAAUGUAUGGAGUGUGGGAAGAGCUUCAGUCAGAGUGGACACUUCAAUAUUCAUCUCCGAACUCACACAGGGGAGAAACCAUUUAAAUCCUUGGAAUAUGGAAAGAGCUUCAGUUUCAAUGCAAGUCUUGGAAGACAUCAACGGACACACACAGGAGAAAAACCAUUUAAAUGCAUGGAAUGCGGAAAGACCUUCAGUUCCAAUGCAAACCUUAGAAUACAUAAACGGACUCACACAGGGGAGAAACCACUUAAAUGCCUGGAGUGUGGAAAAAGCUUCAGUUACAAUGCAAGCCUUAAAAUACACCAGCGAACUCACACAGGCGAAAAACCAUAUAAAUGUAUGGAGUGUGGAAAGAGCUUCAGUCAGAGUGGACACUUCAAUAUUCAUCUCCGAACUCACACAGGGGAGAAACCAUUUAAAUCCUUGGAAUAUGGAAAGAGCUUCAGUUUCAAUGCAAGUCUUGGAAGACAUCAACGGACACACACAGGAGAAAAACCAUUUAAAUGCAUGGAUUGCGGAAAGACCUUCAGUUCCAAUGCAAACCUUAGAAUACAUAAACGGACUCACACAGGGGAGAAACCAUUUAAAUGCCUGGAGUGUGGAAAAAGCUUCAGUUACAAUGCAAGCCUUAAAAUACACCAGCGAACUCACACAGGCGAAAGACCAUAUAAAUGUAUGGAGUGUGGAAAGAGCUUCAGUCAGAGUGGACACCUCAGAAGACAUCAACAGACUCAUACAGGGGAGAAACCAUUUAAAUCCUUGGAAUACGGAAAGAGCUUCAGUUUCAAUGCAAGUCUUGGAAGACAUCAACAGACUCACACAGGAGAGAAGUUGUUUAAAUAUAUGGAGUGUGGAAAGAGCUUCAGUAAAAGUGUUCACUUCAAUAAACAUCACCAGACUCACACAGGUGAAAAACCAUAUGAAUGUAUGGAGUGUGGGAAAAACUUCAGUCAGAGUGCACACCUCAAUAGUCAUCUCCGAACUCACACAGGGGAGAAACCAUUUAAAUGCUUGGAGUGUGGGAAGAGCUUCAGUCAGAGUGGACACCUCAAUAUACAUCAUCGGACUCACACAGGAGAAAAACCAUAUAGAUGUAUGGAGUGUGGAAAGAGCUUCAUUCAGAGUGGACACCUCAAUAUACAUCAACGGACUCACACAGGAGAAAAACCAUUUAAAUGCAUGGAAUGCGGAAAGACCUUCAGUUUCAAUGCAAACCUUAGAAUACAUAAACGGACUCACACAGGGGAGAAACCAUUUAAAUGCCUGGAGUGUGGAAAAAGCUUCAGUUACAAUACAAGCCUUAAAAUACACCAGCGAACUCACACAGGCGAAAAACCAUAUAAAUGUAUGGAGUGUGGGAAGAGCUUCAGUCAGAGUGGACACUUCAAUAUUCAUCUCCGAACUCACACAGGGGGGAAACCAUUUAAAUGCUUGGAGUGCGGACAGAGCUUUAGACAGAGUGGACACCUCAAUAUACAUCAAUGGACACACAUGGGUGAAAAACCAUAUGAAUCCAAGGAGUGUGGGAAGACCUUCAUUCGGACUGGACACCUCAAUAUACAUCAACGGACGCACACAGCGGAGAAACCCUUUAAAUGUAUGGAGUGUGGAAAGAGCUUCAGUUAUAAUACAAGCCUUAAAAUACACCAGCGAACUCACACAGGUGAAAAGCCACAUAAAUGUAUUGAGUGUGGAAAGAGCUUCCGUCAGAGUGGACACCUCAGAAGACAUCAACGGACUCACACAGGAAAGGAACCAUUUAAAUAUAUGGAGUGUGGAAAGGUCUUCAGUCACCGUGGACAUCUUAGAAAACAUCAACACAUUCACACAGGGGAGAAACCAUAUAAAUGUAUGGAGUGUGGAAUGGUCUUUAGUGAGAAUGUAAACCUUAGAAUACAUCAACGGACUCACACAGGGGAGAAACCAUUUAAAUGCCUGGAGUGUGGAAAAAGCUUCAGUUACAAUACAAGCCUUAAAAUACACCAGCGAACUCACACAGGUGAAAAACCAUAUAAAUGUAUGGAGUGUGGGAAGAGCUUCAGUCAGAGUGGACACCUCAAUAGUCAUCUCCGAACUCACACAGGGGGGAAACCAUUUAAAUGCAUGGAGUGCGGAAAGAGCUUCAGUCAGAAUGGUGACCUUAAAAUACAUCUGCAGACACACAUGGAUGAAAAACCAUAUGAAUCCAAGGAGUGUGGGAAGAGCUUCAUUCGGAGUGGACACCUCAAUAUACAUCAACAGACGCACACAGGGGAGAAACCCUUUAAAUGUAUGGAGUGUGGAAAGAGCUUCAGUUAUAAUACAAGCCUUAAAAUACACCAGCGAACUCACACAGGUGAAAAGCCACAUAAAUGUAUGGAGUGUGGAAAGAGCUUCAGUCAGAGUGGACACCUCAGAAGACAUCAACAGACUCACACAGGAGAGAAACCCUUUAAAUGCAUGAAAUGCGGAAAGACCUUCGGUUACAAUACAAGUCUUAGAAGCCAUCAACAGACUCACACAGGAGAGAAACCAUAUAAAUGUAUGGAGUGUGGGAAGAGCUUCAGCCAGAGAGGACACCUCAAUAUACAUCAACGGACUCACACAGAAAAGGAACCAUUUAAAUGUAUGGAGUGUGGAAAGAGCUUCAAUUUCAAUGCAAACCUUAGAAUACAUCAACAGAUUCACUCAGGGGAGAAACCAUUGAAAUGCCUGGAGUGUGGAAAGAGUUUCAGUUACAAUACAAGCCUUAAAAUACACCAGCGAACUCACACAGGUGAAAAACCAUAUAAAUGUAUGGAGUGUGGAAAGAGCUUCAGUCAGAGUGGACACCUCAGAAGACAUCAACAGACUCACACAGGAGAGAAACCAUUUAAAUGCAUGAAAUGCGGAAAGAGCUUCAGUUUCAAUGCAAGCCUUAGAAUACAUCAACAGACUCACACUGGGGAGAAAUCAUUUAAAUGCAUGGAAUGCGGAAAGAGCUUCAGUUUAAAUGCAAGCCUUAGAAUACAUGAACGGACUCACACAGGGGAGAAACCAUUUAAAUGUAUCGAGUGUGGAAAGAGCUUCAGUUUCAAUGCAAGCCUUAGAAGCCAUCAACAGACUCACACAGGAGAGAAACCAUAUAAAUGUAUGGAGUGUGGGAAGAGCUUCAGUAAGAGUGGGAACCUCAAUAGACAUCAACGGACUCACACAGGAGAGAAACCAUUUAAAUGCCUGGAGUGUGGAAAGAGCUUCAGUUACAAUCUAAGCCUUAGAAUACACCAGCGAACUCACACAGGUGAAAAACCAUAUAAAUGUAUGGAGUGUGGAAAGAGGUUCAGUUAUAGUGGACACCUCAAUACACAUCAACGGAUUCACACAGGGGAGAAACCAUUUAAAUGCAUGGAGUGUGGAAUGAACUUCAGUCAGAUUGCACACCUUAAGAUGCAUGAACGGACUCACACAGGGGAGAAACCAUUUAAAUGUAUUGAGUGUGGAAAGAGCUUCAGUCAGAGUGCACACCUUAAGAUACAUGAACGGACUCACACAGGGGAGAAACCAUAUAAGUGUAUGGAGUGUGGAAAGAGCUUCAGUCAGAGUGCAUACCUUAAGUUACAUGAACGGACUCACACAGGGGAGAAACCAUUUAAAUGUAUCGAGUGUGGAAAGAGCUUCACUUUCAAUGCAUCCCUUAGAAUCCAUCAACGAACUCACACAGGAGAGAAACCAUUUAAAUGUAUGGAGUGCGGAAAAAGCUUUAGCCAGAGUAGACACCUCAAUAUACACCAACAGACUCACACAGGGGGAAAACCAUUUAAAUGUAUGGAGUGUGGAAAGAGUUUUAGUGAGAAUACAAGGCUUAAAAUACACCAGCGGACUCACACAGGGGAGAAACCAUUUCAAUGUAUGGAGUGUGGAAAGAGCUUCAGUCUGAAUGGAAACCUUAGAAAACACCAAAGGACUCACACGGGGAGAGAUCAUUUUAAUGUAUGGAGUGCGGAAAAAGCUUCAGUCAGAGUGAAAAUGGUUGAGGGAGACAUCCGCGGACACAGUGGGGAGAAAGCGUUUAAUUGUAUGGCUUCAGCCAGAGUGGAAGUCCCACAUCAACAGACUGAUGGACAGGAAGAACUUUUAGAGUUGGAACCGUAGAAACCAACAACAAACUCAAAGAGGAUAAGCAAUUUAAAAGGAAAGAUUGCAGAAAGUUAUUUAGUUAUAAUGGAGUGCUUAAGGAACAUCUAGGGAGUCUCACAGGGGAGGACCCAUUUAGAUGUAUGGAGUGUGGGAGGUGUAUCUCUCAGAGUCAUUCUGAGCAAUGAACUCAGCAGGAAAUCAUUCUUAAAAACAUGAGGUAUAUGUGAAGUUCUGUUGUUUAUAUAUAAAAUUGUAUAGUGCUGAAAUAAUGAAGGUAAUGUCUCACAAUAGUGAGUAUAAUUUUAGAUGUAAAGUAACUUUGGUUUUGGCACCAAACUCUGUCGCCCCCCUCCCCAACUGCAUGAUCUCCAAGCACUGCUUCUUCACCAGAAGUCCAUCCUUGCCCCCCAGGCCUUUUGAAGAAAACUUAAAAUGCUGUAAUUUAAUGGGAGAUUUCCCCCGGAUGUCUCCUGGGGGGCCCAUCUUCACUCAUGAGCCCCAUGAUUCACACAAACUACCAAAAACCUCUUAAACCAAUACACUGGAUAUGAUCUCUCUACAUUAGAUCAAUACAUUUCUUUGCCUGAAAAAUGCAGCCAUGACACUUUCAAGGUCAACACCAAGUGUUUGAAUUCUGCUUGGAAAUGUGCUGGGAGUCAGGGAAGAUCCUUUAGGACCAGUGAGAUGUGGUCUCGGCGGCUGCUCCCAUUCAGUUGCCGUUUCCAGGUCACCUUCAAAGGUAGCCCCAUGUAGAGCGCAUUGCAGUAGUCCUAGCGAGAGAUAGCCAGAGCAUGCACCACUCUGGCGAGACAGUCGGCAGGCUGGUAGGCUCUCAGCCUGCAUUUUCAUAUAAUUCUCUUUAUAAAAUACAAUCUGUAAAGUUUUAAUUCACCUUCCACAUCUUUUCCCAAUCUUCAAAUUGUAUGUUGUGACCUAGAUCCUGAGUCCAUUUUAUUUGUGCUGACUUUACCAUUUCGUCCAGCGUUUCCCCAUACAGCAGGAGAUUAUACAUUUUUAAAAGUAAUUUCGUGUGUCUUCCUCAAACUGUUCAUUUAGUUGUCUAUGAUCUAAGCAACUUUGUGAAUAGAUCUUCAUUUAGAUCUUCAUAGACCAUUUACACAUACUGUAUGCUUCAAAUACAAGUUAAGAGAUUUCACUAAUCUAAUGUGCACAAAAAUUUACUUUUCUAGCCUUUCUAUUAGCAAAAUCCUUUACAAUGUCACUGGUAUCUAUUACUACUUCCUUUUCAAUGCUGAUCAUGACUAGGUUGGUCAAUCUUUCUUGAGUCAUAGUUAGCCUUAAAUAAUUUUUUAUUAAUUUUAAGUUUGAAAAAGAUCUUUCACCUUCGGCUACCGUCACUGGUAAUGUUAAAUAUAUGCGUAGGGAUACGGACAAGUUUGGAAAUGCAGUUGUCAAAUUAUUUGAAUAUAUAUAAUUCAAAACAUCCACCGGAGUUGUGUCUGCAUUGAAAACAAUUGGCAAUAGUUCCAGCUCCUGAUAUAAAUCUUCUCCGUCUACCGGUAUAUCAGCCCCACUUUCGGCAGUCAAUUUCUGUUGUAAAUUUAAACACUGUGCUCUUCUCUGGCCUGUCUCUAAUUUUCUCCAUUUGUCUAUAUUUUGCAAAAAUGAGAAAUUGUUGUUGUGUUCACUUAACAGUUCAAAUCUUUCAUUUACUUUUGUGAUUGCCAGGUCGAACAAAUAAAAAUAAAAUUUUACUUUAAAGUCGUUCUGUGGAUCUGCAAUUUGCUCAUCGGUAUGCUCAUAACGGAAAAACCUUUUUCUGGCACGUGGGCGUGCAGUGCUUGUAAAGAUGGCUUCGCAUUCUAUUUCCUCGGCAAUUGAUUUAGCUUCUAACAACAUAGCGUCAAAGGCAGAGUCUGUACGCAUUGUUGCUAAGUUACUCUUGACCAGAUCUAUCAUUUUAACUGCUUCCAAAAGAACGACACCAGACUUUUGUAAGGUUUUACUUACAACAUUAAUUUCCGCUAAUAUGUUGUAAAGGUAAAGGGGCCCCUGACCAUCAGGUCCAGUCGUGUCCAACUCUGGGGUUGCGGCGC